AUACAUAGACAAUAUAUCAUUCAUCAUAUAUAUAUAUAGACAGCUAUGGCUGAUGCCCGCAUACAGUUCAAGGUGCUGAAGGGCUUUCCCACCCCGGCGGAGGAUAAGAUCGAGACGCAGGCGUUUCUGAAUGCGGCCAAGGAGAUUGUAACUGUAAUUGAGACCUUUGGCAAACUCUUCACGCCCGUUAUCAAAGAUAUGAAUGGGAAUAUAAACAAACUAACCAAGGUCUAUGGCACAGACAUCCUGAAAUACAAGUAUCUGGAAGACAUGAUAGUGCUGAAUGUGAAUGUCGACGACUAUGCAGCGACGGCGCUGCUCUGGCUGAAGCGCGGCCUCCAGCUGAUCUGCACCUUCUUCGAGAACAUCUACAACGAUGCACAGAACAAGGAGACGCUUAAGCCGCAUCUGCAGGAUGCGUAUGAGAAAACGCUGAAGCCCUAUCAUGGCUUCAUCGUGCAGAGCACGAUCAAGAUCAUCUAUAGCUGGGUGCCCACGCGUAGCCAGCUGCUUGGCCAGGGACCAGCGCAGCUGGAGAACAUGGAGGUGCUGACCAAUUAUUUGCCUACAAUGCGAACGCAUCUGGAUCGGAUUGAUGCCCUACUGAAGGCGCACAAUUUGGAUGAUGCGAGCAAAGUGUGAUUUGCCAUAUGCUUUAGCUCUUUAGCCUAAGAUCUACUAGAAUAGACAAUGCUUUAAAUAUUUAGGAAUACACAUAAAGAAACACACAAGCACACAUACA